AUGGCGUCGACGGAAGAGCCUGCACCUAUUCACUCCGACGCCGACGUCGAGAUGGCGCCGCCAGCCACCCCCGUGGACUCGACUGUGCUUUCGGGAAGCGAGGAUAUUGGCAAAUAUAGCCCCGAGGCAUCCAAGGAGAACACCCCGGCGUCUCCAGCCAAGUCCACCACCAGUCCUGCGGCAGCAACUAAGCGUCCAACCUCGAGCUCUACAACUGCGGCCAAACGGCCUACCUCGUCCUCCACCGCAUCCAAGACCGCAAGCUCAACCACUCGGACGAGCACUACAUCGAGCACGUUGAACAAGCCCCCUACCCGGCCCUCGACCGGCACCACCGCUACACGCAGACCGCUAAGCACUUCUACAACUGCUUCUCAUAGGUCUCGUCCGUCGAUCAGCAGCUCUGCUGACGAGAAGCCUCGGUCCGUUGCCAGCUCCGGGGACGAGAAGCGUGGUAUCCCGGGGACCGCCAAACGCAUGUCGAUUGCUGGCACCGCUUCUACCCGAGCCCCAUUGAAGUCUUCCUCGACUCUUGAUCGCCGAUCCAGCGUCGCUAGCUCUACAUUGGAGAGAAAGACGGCCGCCUCCACCACCUCUCGAACCGCUACCUCUACUUCCGCAAGCAAGCCUGUGGGCAAGCUGACAUCCUCGACCACAUCCACUACUCGACCGACUACUUCAACAACCGCAACCCGGACACCGACUCGCCCGACUUCUUCGACUACCGCCUCGCGGAGUGUGGCCUCCUCAGCUACCGACCCGAAGAAACGUCUGAGCACUGUGGGUAGCACCGUUGCCCGAAGCUCCGAGAGCGCUGAGAAGCUGCAGGCGCUGCAAACAAAGCUUUCAGAGAGUGAAGAGACUGUCGCCAGUCUGAGGGCAGAGCUCGAUACUGUCAACGAGAAGCUGAGCCAGCUCUCGAUUGCAGGAGAGGAGAGCACCAAGGAUGGCGAUGCAACCGAAUCUGUUCGUGCGGAGCACGCUGCAGAGCUUGAGAAGCUGACUUCGGCUCAUGCUGAGGCGCUUCAAUCUCUGCAGACUCGUCUGGAGGAGGCUGAGACUCAACGCACGGAUCUUGAAGAGAAGUUCCAAAAAGACCUUGAGGAGGCCAAGCAACCUGCUAGCACCAAGGGCGAGGAGGAGCUUGAUGCGGUAGUUAAGCUGAAUGAGAGUCUUAAAGCUCAGCUAGAGGAGCUGGAGAAGGGCCAUGAGAAGGACGUCGCAGAGCACAAGGCUGCCACGGCUUCGUUCGAGGAGCAGAUCAGCACGCUCCAGGCCGACCUCGAAGCUCAGAGGGCAUCCUUGGAGGAAGAGAAGGCCAUGGCUAUCGACAGUCUUCGGAGAGAGAUACAAGGGGGCGACCAGGUCAUGAAUGAGCUCAAGGCUGCGCUUCAGAAACUGUCGGACACCAAGGACGAAGAGAUCAACGCCGAGAAGGAGGCUGCCAAGGAGUUGCGGAGCCAGAUUGCCUCGCUCGAGGCCAAGCUUGCCGAAGCUGAGUCUGCCACUCAUCAGAGCUCGGAAGAGACCUCUACUUCGCUUGCGGAGAAGGACAAGGAAAUCACCGAGCUCAAGCAGGCCAUGGAAAAGCUUCAAGGAGAGCUCGAGUCGUCGCGGGAUGGUGCUGCCACCGAACAUGCUGCCCAGGUGAAGGAUCUCGAGUCCACUCACGAAGCUGCGAUCGCUACCUUGAAGGCUGAGCAUGAGACUGCGUUAAGCUCCCUGUCGGCCUCCCAUGCUGAAGAGCUCUCUGCUACCAAGGCUGCUGCUGAAUCGACUGGUUCUGAGCACUCGCAGCAGCUUCAGGAGCUUCGCGAUUCGCUCGAGUCUGCCAAGUCGGCCGCUCAGGAAGAACAGAACCGUGCUAUCUCUGAACUUAAGACCGCCCAUGAUGUCGAGCUGAAUUCUCUCCAGGAGAAGCUUGAGGCCUCGGAGAAGGCCCUCGAGGAAACCCGUCACACCCUGGAAGAGGGCAAGGCCUCUGCCCAGGAGGAUGCCGUCCAUGAGAUUGAUGAUCUUCAUCACAAGGUUGAAACCCUGGAAACCCAGUUGUCGACCACCACCAAUGAGAUCAAGGCCCUGCAGCAGGAUAUGCAAAGCAAGCAGGCCGAGGCUGAGCAGUUGUACCACAACCUGAAGAACCUCGAGAGCGAAGCCAAGUCCAAAGAAGUUCAGCAAGAGACACUGCUAAAGCAGCAGGAAGCCAAGCUGAAGGACUUGGAGGAGAAGGCUGCUGAGGCAACUCGCCUUCUCGAGGAGCACAAGUCUCUGGCCGAAACUGCUUCUGACAAUCACUCCCAGGAUCUUGAGACCCUGAAGGCUGGACACGCUGCUGAGCUUGAACGCAUUCAACAGGAAGCUGCGGGAUCUCACAGCAGCGCAUUGAGUCAGCUUCAACAGAAACAUGAUGAGCUUUCCGCCAAGAAUCGCGAUCUGGAGUCAAGCCAUGCUUCCCAGGUUGAGUCUCUGCAGGCCGAGCUGAAGUCUACCCUGGAACGCCACACUGCAGAGAUCGCUUCUCACACCGAGUCUCGAGAGCUCCAGCUCUCUGAACUGCAGAACCAAUCUGAACAGACCAAGGCUAAGCUGCAGGCUGAGCUCGAGGCGUUGCAAGCAUCCAGCUUGGCUGACAAGGACACUCACGUCAAGGAAAUUGCCGACCUCCAGAAGGGUUUCGAGGAGACCAAGGCCAAGUUCCAAGCCGAGCUUGAGACUUCCCAGGCUUCCAAGGCCGCCAAUGCCGAUGCUGAGCAUGGGAAGGCCAUCGAGGAACUUCUCACUCUGCAGGAGGCCAAGAUCUCCGGCCUCAGGGAGGAACUUGAAGCAUCCAACAAGGCCAAGCUUGAGGAACUCCAGAAGUCACACGAUACUGUCCUUGCCAAUGUCAACGAGCAGCUCGCCAAGGCCAAUGCCGCCGCUCAGGAUACCUCUGUUGUUGACAGCUUGAAGGUUAUCAUCGCUGAACUCGAGCAGAAACUGGCCAAUUCCGUAGAGGCUCAUGCUGCAGUCCAGGAUUCGGCAGCCACCGCUUCGCGGGAGCUUCAGGAAAAACACACUGCAGAGCUUUCACGCAUCCAGGCUGAGCACGCUGCGCUCUCGGACAAGCACCAGGCGGCCGUCGCCCAGGUGGAGGACCUUCAACGGUCCGCCACUGCCGCGGCAAGCGGUAGCCAGUCCCAACUGGAAGGUAUCCAGAAGGAGCUUGCUCUUUCUCAGCAGGAGAUUACCUCUCUGAAGGAAAAGCACACUGCCACCUGCCAGGAGCUGGAGGAGCUCCGGGUUUAUAAUAAGACCAUGGAGGAAAAGCUCGCUGCUGGUGAGCAAGACUUCAAUGAUCAGAUCGACAAGAACAUGCAACUUCUUAACCAACUGGGCGAGGUCGACAAUAACAUUUCCGCCAGUCGCAAGCGCGUACGCGAGCUCGAGGCUGAGCUGGCCGCUCUGAAGGCUGACAACGACAAGAGCACCACUUCCGGUCUGGCUGCAAGUCGAUGGGCAUCGGCAGAUGAGGGCAGUGAGGGAGCUGUAGGGGGAGGUCCAGCCGCAGCGGAAGGUGAGGACCUUGGUUCAUCCAUUGAGGGAACGAUGGCAAGCAUUCAGGAACAGCUUAAGCACAUCCGCUCCGCGAACGAUGAGUGGUACGAUGAGCACCGCAGGCUUAUCGGUGAACUGGCCCAACUUUCUCGCCGAGCUACACCCAGUCCUCCCAGCGCUUCGUCGACCCCGCACCCCGAAACCUCAGCAUCGGCUCCUGACUCUGAAAAUAGCCGCGGUCGACUUGAAGAGGUCCCCGCGGCUCGGUAG